AAUGAAACAGAAGAUGUUGAAAUUGUAUGGGACCAUAAUGCAACAACAGAUGCUGUAAUCAUCUGCAUUAAUAACGAAACAGAAGAUGAUGAAACAGCAUGGGACCAUAAUGCAACAAGAGAUGGUGUGGUCAGCUGCAUGAAUAACGAAACAGAAGAUAAUGAAACAGCAUGGAACUAUAAUGCAACAAGAGAUGAUGUGAAAUUAAGUGAUAAUGAAAAUGAUCUAUGUGGUUUAUGUAUAGGCGCUAAUCGAUACGGAACAGAAUUACAAAAUCUAAUUGUUGUUGGUCAUACACAUUAUCCUGUUCAACAAUUACUUCAAGAUUUAGAUUAUAAACAUUCACCUGCUGCUUUUCUCAAUAUAUUAUUUGAUUUGAUUACUUAUUCAUCUGAUAGUGAUCUUCUAUGUGUAAAUCAAACAGAAUUUCAGCCAGUACCAUUGAAACAAACGCAAAAUGUUGUUAAAUUUGAUAUGAAACUAUUAUUUUUUCAUGAUCCAACAGGUCAAAAUCAAACAAUAUCAUUUUCUCUAAUCUGUUCACAAGAUGUAUUUGAUAUCGAAACAGUAGAAGAACUAUCAAAACAAUUUCAACAUCUUCUUUCACAAUUGUUUGUUAAACAUCCAUCUUCAUUUGACUUAGUUAAUUAA